UUUUUUAAAUUCAAUAUUAAAAUGUGCCUUUUCGAGCGAUUUCCCAUCAAUGUCUUUAAAUGAAUUUUUCGACGAAUUGAAUAAUUUGAAUUUUCUUAUGCGAUUCUCGCAUUGAUUAAAUGAAAAAUAUUGAAACAAAUAAAGGUGAAUUUUUUUUGGAAAGCACAUGGCAUGUGAAGUGCAUCAAGAAAAUUUCAUUUGUCUUCUUCCAACAUUGUGGCUAUCAAGUAUAAUCAAACAGAGGAAAAGAAAACAACCAUCGAAAUACAUUGUUUUCUUUUGAUAUAGUAAAACAAAACGGAAAAGUCAACUUUCUGAAGAAAAAAAAAUGCUUUAAAAGUGAUUUCUUGAGCAAAAAGAAAGGAGGAUUUAUAACAAAUUACCAAGUGAAAAAAACGGGUACAAAACAAAUGCAAUUAUAGCCAUUAAUUCAAUUUAAAACAAAGAGAGCUGUACGUUACAUUUUGGCCGUAACGAACACAAAUUCAAUUGACUGACCAACACGACAAAAACAAUGGGCAAAAUUCAUCCGGACAAAAAACGGUUCUUUGGACAAUCUUCAAAUCAUAUCGCAGCUACUAUGAAUUUCUUAUCAGCAGUGGUAAUGCUAACAGCGAUCGUGCACACCGAUUGCCGAUCAACCGACCUGACGCCACCAGAAAGAUUGACAAUUGAGAGCAAUUCCAUUCAACGUCUUUUCACUGAAAAGAGCCAUACAACCGUAAUCGAUCCAUCGCGCUCAUUAAAACGUGCAUUUCUCUCGAAUCGAACCGUUACAUGUAAUGAUGGAUCACAGGCUGGAUUCUAUCUACGAAAAUCACUGAAGUCAAAACGAUGGGUGGUUUUUUUCGAAGGCGGCUGGCAUUGUUACGACACAAAAUCAUGCCGAGCACGUUGGUUACGGCUCAGGCACUUAAUGACAUCGGCACAGUGGCCAGAAACUAGAGAUGUUGGUGGCAUUUUAUCUCCGAUCGAAAGCGAUAAUCCGUAUUGGCAUGAUGCAAACCAUGUUUUGGUGCCAUACUGCAGUUCGGAUUCAUGGAGUGGAACAAAAUCAUUGCCAGAUCGUGAUGGAUGGUCAUUUAUGGGUUCGUUGAUUGUGCGUCAGGUGAUUGCCGAUUUAAUUCCGUUGGGUUUGGGACGAUCACAGGGCGGUGAAUUACUUCUUGCUGGCUCGUCAGCUGGUGGUUUGGGUGUAAUGCUCAAUUUGGAUAAAGUAAAGCGGUUCUUGCGUGUUGAACGUGGCAUUAAAAUAACAGUUCGUGGUGUUAGCGAUUCGGGCUGGUUUUUGGACCGUGAUCCAUAUGUACCAACAGCAAUUGCAGCAGCCGAUGUUGUUAAACUUGGUUAUAAAAUGUGGGGUGGUGAUUUACCGCAAGCAUGUACAGCCAAACAUCCAACAGAACCAUGGCGAUGUUAUUUCGGUCAUCGACUUUAUCCAACUUUACAUUCACCACUCUUUGUGUUUCAAUGGUUAUUUGAUGAAGCACAAAUGGAAGCCGACAGCAUCGAAGCACCGAUCACACGACAACAAUGGAAUCAUAUUCAUGAAAUGGGUGGUGCAUUGCGGUCAUCGUUGGACAACGUAACGGCCGUAUUUGCACCUUCAUGUAUUGGCCAUGCAGUGCUUACGAAACGAGAUUGGAUGGAUAUCAAAAUUGAUGAUAUUUCAUUGGCCGAAGCAUUACGAUGUUGGGAACGUGCAACAGGCAAACAACAAAAUAAAUCAAGACGUGCUUUUGAUUCAAAUCAAAAUCGGCCAAAGAAUCGUCGAAAACAUACCGAAAUCACAUUUGAUGAUUUCAACGUCGAUAACAUUCAAACACGUAUGGAAUAUGGUAAUUAUUCAGCGGUGAUGUUACGGCACGGUCGACAUCAUCGUCUAUCGAAAGAAGAGCGACAGAGACGACGACAAAAUAUGACGAAAGAGGAGCGUGAACAACGUCGUCAAAAUCGUAUAUUACGUCGCAAACAAAAAAAUGCCUUCCUAGACAAGCUCAAACAACAAAUCGAUCGACCGAAGCGCAAAAAUCAAAAUUCCAAUCAACAUUCAUCGGAUAUGUUACGACUAUCAUCAUCAGCUCGUAAUUCUUUUAGUAAUAAUAAUAACAACAACAACAACAACGGUCGCCGUCAUGAUAAUAAUUCGCCUCAUAACAAUGAGCGCCGCCGUAACAAUGAGAACAAACGUAAAAAGCGACGAAAUAACCACAAAAACCACGACAAUCGUCGAGUGUCACAUCAUAAAAAGAAAUUUGCCGAACCGGAGCGUUGCUCAUUGCGAUUGUUAGAACGAUGCAGUUGGCCACAAUGCAAUCAUUCAUGUCCCGCAUUAACGAAUCCAUUGACUGGCGAAGAGGUUCGUUUUCUUGAAUUACUUUCAUCGUUUGGCCUAGAUAUUGAAGCCGUUGCAGCCGCACUGGGUAUCGAUAUGCAAACACUUAAUAACAUGGAUCAAGCUGAACUCGUGAAUUUGCUCACCCAACAAGUUAGCUAGUAAAAUGGGAUGAAUCCAUUCAAUUUAACAACGAAAAUUUGAAAUUCGUGAUAGAAACUAGAAGGGAACAUAAUUUCUUUGUUUGGUUUUUUCUUUUUAAAAUAAAAAUUAAAGAAAAAAAAGAAAAGAACGAAAAAAAUAGUGUCUAGAGAUCCAUAGUAUUAAUUCAUUUGAAAUUGGAUCACAUAAAAUGAGUGAACGCAUAACAAGAUGAGAAAUGAAAAAAAGAGAAAAAAAAAUGUAAUUUACCAUGUACAAAGCUUGAUCGUGAGUUGAGCAGACAAAUCGAGAGAAAUAAUCGUGUAAAUAUGUGUAUAAUUCCUAUUUGCAGGUUUAGAUUUUCGCUAAUGUAAAUCUAAGAAAUGCCAAAUGAUAUCAAGAAAAUUGAUCAAAUUUAGAAGCAAUACGAUUAAGACUAGUUCAUAGAAGUGUAAAUAAUGAUCUUCAUUUAAAAGAGAGAACAAAAAGUUUCACAUUAUUAUUAUUUUUUUUAAAAGGAGAUGACGUCUCUGCCCGAUGAUCGCUUGAUUUUGCAUUUAUGUUUAUGCAUUAUUAAUAUUUUCUUUUUUUGUAUUUAUAAAUUAACGAAAACGUAUUUUUGUUUAGCUAACAACGAGAUUAACAAAUCAAAGUGUAUAGUAUGGAAUUUGGAAAAAAAAAUUUUUUUUUGUUCUGAACGAUAUAGUGACCCAGUUCUUAACUUAUUUAUAAAAACCGAAAUAAUUUUUAUAUGAACAUAAGAUGAUUCUUUUUUGCUUUUGAUAAUAAGAUGGCCGAAUGAAAACGAACUCAUUGUAACACAUUAAUUUGCAAUUUUUAAUAUUUGCUUGGCGGCAAAGUUAAAUGCAACAUUUUUUAUGGCGAAAAAGAAGAAGAGCACACAUCACAAACACAAUGAUAAAUUAGAUAUGCCCAACCUACCUUAUUGUACUUAAUUUGUACGAGCAAGAGUAAAUUCGAAACCAAUUUAAUGAUACAUUAGUCGACUAAGUAUUCAAUUAGAAUUAAAAAAAAACAACAACAACAAAGGAACACGCACCUAGCAUCGUAUUUAGUAAGCUACCUCAUUAAAAUACACACGCAAAUCGAUUCUAGUAGAUUAUAUUUGUUUAUUUAAUUUACACAAUAUUUAAAUAAAAUUUAUUUUUCAUAAUCCAAA